CAAUGACCCGAGCAGAAGUUACGAAACGCCAAACAAAAUGCGAAUAUUCGGAUAUUUAGCAAAGAAAGUUGGCGAUAUAACUAUAAAAUAUUCGAACCUCCCUGAGUCGUACAUAAAAAGAAGCUACGAACAGGUUUAUUGGAAGAACCCUACAGGUUAUCCCCAAUAUGCAAAGACCCAAAUAGCCCGCAAGCGCUAUCGUUUUACUACAAAUAGACCAUGGUCUGGACAGUUUCAGCAGCAGAACGAAAGAGGCUCACAUAGGAAAAAGGUGUUCUUGGAACCUGUUGGUGAAUGGAGUUUCUUUAAGGGAGACCGGGUAGAGGUUAUGGUGGGAAGGGAUAAAGGCAAGCAGGGCAUUGUGUCGCAAGUCAUACAGGAACGAAACUGGGUCAUCGUAGAGGGGCUCAACACACAUCUGAGAGUUAUUGGGAGAGAUAAAAACUUCCCCGGUGUGACAAUCCAAUCGGAGGCACCACUGUUAGUGACAAACCAGGUGAAGCUGGUAGAUCCAGAGAGCUUGAAGCCUACCGAAAUUGAAUGGCGAUACACGGAGGAAGGUGUAAAGGUGCGGGUGUCCAAAGAGAGCAGUCGUAUAAUACCCAUACCAAAGACCGCUGAAGAGACCAUUGAUUUCAAAAGCAAAGAGUUAUACUUAGAAAAUGAAGAAAAGGACACUAAAGCCGAUGUUGUCACAAAGGUAACGUUUGCACCAAAACUGCGAACAUUCGAAAUGGAUAUCAUGGAAGAUAUGGGCAUAAAGGAGGACAGAGUACCGGCGGAAUCUUAUUGGUACUAACUAAUAAGCAUACGUGAUUCUGUUC